AGGUUCAGGGAGGACAUCAGCAGGAAUUUCUUCCUGGAGAAGGUUGUUAAGCAUUGGAAGGGGCUCUCUGGGUAUAUGGUGGGGUCGCCAUUCCUGGAGGUGCCCAAGGAACACCUGGACAUGGCACUCAGGGCUGUGGCGUUCGUGACAAGGUGCAGGUGGGUCAAAGGUUGGACUCAAUGGUCUGGGAGGUCUUUUCCAGCCUGACUGAUUCUGUGGUGGGAUGAUGUGUUAUCAGUGUUGUUGGUCCAGGUUAUGCAGUACCAUGAUGUGCUGUUGUCAUUUACAGAGGGUAGCAGUGCUGUAACAGUGUCUGCAAGUGCUAUGACAGUGGCUAAGGCAACCCAGUAGGUAUAAAAUUGUCUGCUGAGGGGAUGUAUGCCUUCCAUGGUUUUAACUAAUUAAUUCUCUGCACACAAGAAAGAGCUUUUCUCAGCCAGAAGAAUGUUUGAGGGAGAAAUGGCAAGCCUGGAAGCCAUUCUGAAAACACAGACGAUAAAAGUGCCUAAACCCAUCAAAGUUAUAGACCUGCCCGGGGGCAGUACUGCAUUUGUGAUGGAACAUUUGGAAAUGGGAGGCUUAAACAGACAUUCAGCACUGCUUGGAACUCAGCUGGCUGAUCUUCACCUUCAUAACCAGAAACUUGGAGAGAAGCUGAAGAAAGAAGGGAACACAGUUGGUAAAGGUCCAGGGCAAACAGAAGUCCAGUUUGUGGAUCAGUUUGGCUUUCAUACAGUUACCUGCUGCGGUUAUCUUCCACAGGUGAACGACUGGCAGAGUGACUGGGUGACCUUCUUUGCCAGACAGAGGAUCCAGCCCCAGAUGGACAUGGUCGAAAAGAAGUCAGGUGACAGAGAAGCAAGAGAACUUUGGGCACAGCUUCAGCUGAAGAUACCCAGUUUGUUCUGUGGUGUGGAAAUUGUUCCUGCUCUCCUGCAUGGGGAUCUCUGGGGAGGAAAUGUAGCUGAGGAUGAUUCUGGUCCGAUUAUCUUCGAUCCGGCUUCUUUCUACGGCCAUUCAGAGUACGAGCUUGCAAUAGCUGGGAUGUUUGGUGGCUUCAGUAGUUCUUUUUAUUCUGCUUACCACAGUAAAAUCCCCAAAGCCACAGGGUUUGAGAAACGCCUGAAGCUUUAUCAGCUCUUCCACUACAUGAACCACUGGAACCAUUUUGGUUCAGGGUACAGAGGGUCCUCUUUGAACAUUAUGAGAAACCUUGUAAAAUAAGUUGCUGCUUAAGCCAAAUACUUCCCAUGUUGUGUGGAGAGCCCCAUACUUGGUGGUGCAGCUGCAGGAGUAGUAAUGUUAAAAACAAACUGUGAGACCCCUGACCGUGUUAAAGACCUAGAACCAGUGACACCUGCUGAAUGCCAAGUGUAAAAUAGUCAUCCCUUUUUAGGAUAGCUGGGGAUAACUCCGUGAGGGGAGAAAACUAAGGAGGGAGUUUAUUAAUUUGCACAGUGAAUAAAGGUCUCAGUGUCCAGAAAGCACAUGAGACAGUGCAGGGUAGUACAAAUAAGCAUCGAGGAGAUGCCUAAAAGAAGCUGCUCGCUGCAUUUUGCUGUGUCUUCCUCUUUCAGCUCUUCAUGUCCAGUUGUGUGCAUGAGAGCAAUGUCAACAGCAGAGCUUGAAAGUCAACAGUAAAAUUAUGUAACAGGAACUUUGAGAAGGGAUUUGGACUUGCUAUUAAUUUUCACAGAAUCAGAGUGGGUGAGAUUGUGGGGGGGUGGGAAUCACAGAAUGUCAUCUAGUCCAACCUCCCUGCCUAAGCAGAUUACUCAGGAUUGGGUCCAGAGGCUUUUAAAAGACCUCCAGGAUUUUGCUGAUUGAUUCCAUUGGAUGCAGGCUGUUGGUGCCUCCUGGAAUGCUUGUAGGCUGUUUGGUGCUUUCUGGUCAGUGGGCACUUAUCCACAGCAAUUUUGAUUCCAGCAGAACUAGUUCUCUUCCUUUUUUGGAUUAUGCUUUUGUCCAGCAUGCCAUUAGAGAACUUUCUGGUUAAGACACUUUUCACGUACACACCUUGUGGAGGUGUAUUCUCUAAUAAAACCUGUACAUGCUUCACGUGCAUGACUGAAGUCACUCAAAAUCCACCUAAUCAUGAAACUACAUCAGCUGGAACUUUGUGUUUUCCACACCCCCAAAGAAAACAAUAAAAAUGCAACAUAAAAUGGGAAGGAGGUCAGGGAAGACUCCUCCUGGGAUGGUUUACAGGCUGUAACCGUCUGCUUCUCCACAGGAAUGCCUGUUAGGUAAUUUUAUUCCAAGGGAAUACUACUGCUUGUGGUUUCUGAUACCAGUGUGUUUAUCAGCAAUAGUUUAUCAACCUUAUUCUGGCACAAGGGUCAGUAAACCACAAAUGUGCCCAGUGUCAAGUCUCCACCAUUUCUGUAUCUGUGCUCAUGAGAGGUCUAAUGCAGAUUUAAGAGUGCUGCACUGUUCAUUCUAAAAUAUUCAGUGUGAAGAUCUCCCAGGGCCUCACCCACACUAGAAAGGGGAAGAUGUAGACAUCUGUGGAAAACAAGGAGGUCUUCCUUUCCUAAACUCUCACAUGACAGUCCCCACUGAAUGCCUGCGGCAGCUGUUGUGGUAAGAGAGGUGAAAGGGAAGGAAGUUAACAUGUAACUCACGGUGCAGCACUUCAGCCCUGUCAGAAUUCAUUGUGAUUGUUCCACAGGCUGUGGCUUUUGCCUGCAAGGAGUUAAUACUGAAAUUGUUCUGUUUUUGAUGUAGGCUGGUACUGGUGUUUCUGUGCAAGCCUGCCAGGUAGGUGAGAGAGAUGCAUGAUACCUAACGUGCACUUUGAGUGUUGGGGAAUUACUUUUGUUAACUAGAACUGCUUUGCACUGGGUGUUGGCAGAUUACUGAGGGUUUUGUAGUUGCUAGUUUGGAAAUUAUUGACACAAAUUGGAAACAAGUUUGGAUAAGACUGGUAUUUGCUACAACUUUACUUAAUUCUACUACUCUUCUCACUGGCUGUUGGACUUUUGCUGCAAAAAAUCUGCUUGGUUAAUACAUUUUACUUUUACCUUGUUGCCUGAAUAAAAGGUUUCCCAGUUUACUAUUGUUGUCACUGUUUUCUAAAUUAAAAUCUUACAUCUUGGUUUAUUCUUGGGGAAUUACUUGCUCUGACCUGUUAAAGAUCCUUAGUUUAUUAGAUAAAUUAUGCUCAUUGGAGGUGUUUCUGUGCAUGGUCAUGGGUUGGUUUAGAGAAGUGUGUCACUGAAAAAAAUCGACGUGUUCCUUACAGUGCAAGUCAAGAUGUUAAUUUUCCUAAAAUACAUAAAUAGUCUUCAUUAUUAGCAAGGGAAGAUGAAUAUGAAAGUGGAUUUUCUGUGAGUUGUAAUUGUGAGAUCAACUUACUGAGAAACAGCAAGUGUUCAGAGAUGACCUUUUCCUAGUAGAACUGAAUCAAAAUAUUUUUGUGAUUGAAGAAAAGUUGUAUUUAAUCAAGUUAUGCAGAUAGAAACAAUUGUAUUGAGAGUUUUAAUGUAAGGGUAUUAUGCUCAGUUUUUUAAAGCUGUUUUUUUGCUGUAAGAUCAGAAGGGGUGUAGAGAGGCAGACAAAUGGAAUGUAAUGGGAAUCUCUCCUUUUUCAUGGAUCCCUUGGCUCUGAGCCCCUCUCGGGCUGCAGCCGCCUGCAAAAGCUGCCUGCAGAUACAAAUGUUACACUCCAGUGCUGGUUUUCCUCCUGCUUCUCCUCCUCAGUGCUGUUCCAAAAUAGAUCUGGUGAUUAAAACUGCUUGCUGGGCUCUUAUGGCAGAAGUCAGAGCAGGUGGGAAGUGCUACAGAAUUAGAAUGUGACAAAAAUCUUUAGUGGGGGGAAAAGGUAUUUCUGGUAACUGAGCCACACCACAGUGACAAAGGCUUUAUUAUUUUUUCUUGGUAAAUAUUCAGUUAUUUCUAAUUUGUUUUUAUUUGAGGUUUUAUUUGUUUGGGCAUUUGUUUUGGUUUUCCCUUAACAAUUAAACAGAAAAAUUAAUUAGUAUUGCUUUCAUUAUGCAGAUACAAGGUUUUCUAUUUCUUGUCAUUGUUUUUUUGCCAAAACAAAACACUUUAUUCCUUUCCCUAUGUGCUCCAUUGCAGCCCAGGGUAUGAUUCUUCCAGCAGCUGGAGAGCCACCUAACCAAGAACGUAAUCUUUAUAGAGGCAUUGGUAAAACAAGUAUUAUAGGAUCUGGGUUAUGAUAGUGUGUAUUAAAGGCUCAAAACUUUA